UUCAUCAGCAUCUGCCAGAUAGUGCUAAAAUAUGCAGGCUGAGCUGCAGCCAGGGAAAGACAGACAACAAAUAUUACAACUUGCUGAAAAGCUCAGAUAAAAAACGCAGACUGAAGAUUAACUUGCGGAGAGGCUCCGGUGAGCACCAGAGAAGCAAUAGAGGAAGUAUUUAAGCCAACACUUUGCAUCGAAGGCAAAGUUUCCUCCCGUAGGUGCAGCCUGGCAACUUAAGAUUGCUUUUGGUUAUGGCCAUCAAAAGCUAACCGUGAUGGGAGAUGAUGUUCAUGCAUCACGGAGGUACUUCUGUGCAACGUUAGGAAAAGGCAGGUCUUUCCUAUCCCUUACAUCAGCCUUCUUGCUAAGACACGGAGUCUGCAGCCCGCGUUGUCGAACCACUGCAGAACAGACUGCAGGCCUAUAAUUACCGUUUCUGACUUGUCACUGGUAAAUCUCCCAGCACAAAGAAUCAAGCCCAGCCAGUUCAGUGAUACGCCCUCAAAAAAUGCUCCCCAGGCACACAGCAGUGCGGCCGGCGCUGAGAACUUCCUCCAGCCAAACACUUGCUUUCAGGGAUAAGCACUCCGUAUCUAGAAAGCCAUACACCUGGGAUCAGAGUGUGCUCAGAGCCGCGUUCCCAGCCCCAGAUAACUGGAAUUCAAGGUAAUACCUAGAUUGCUGGAAGGCUGGAGGAGCUCGGUUGUAAAUCAAUUUGCUGGAGCUGCCGUAUCAGCCGCUUAGCUCAGGGCUCUGCUUGCACAAGGAGAGAAAGCAGAAAGCAGAUGGCAGCACACAGCAAGGCUUGGGCUGCGCUGGCGCUCCUCCAGCGCUGAGAAUAGGGAAGAGCUGCACUUCCUUGGGGAAAGCAGAGCAAUAAGGAAACACUGGCGAAUUCCCCCUUGUUCUGGCACAAAAGCCAUUUCCUCCAACAAUUCGUUUCUUGCUGUGUCACAGUGACAGGAUCGAACAGACUUUGUGAGAUAACAGUGUUUCCUCACUCCCUCGGUCCCGCUGCCGCAUGGAAGCGUUCAGCUCCCACUGUGCUCCCACAGCCCCAUUGGUGCCACCUGGCAGCCCCAGCGCACAGAGCACCCCGAAGAGCUUCACCCUGCUGCUGCUCCACCACUGAACAGUGUUAUCUGUCUCUUAGGCCUCACCAUAGUAUCUGAGUAUACCUCCCAGCCCAAUAGACUGCUUUAGGGAGGUCCCUGCUUGACCCCAUGGAGUCCUCUGCUCUGCUCCCUGCUCAGGUAUUGGGCAGCACCACCCAGGAGUCUCCCAGGGCUCUAUUCAUCUCCUCGAGCUCCGUCAUGUCGUGCUUCACCCAGCUGUGGCACUCCAGCACACCGGACUCUCCCACCAGCCCGGUCCCUGCAUCUCCACAUGAAAUCCCCAUUCCCAUCAGCCCUAUCGUUAUCACCUCUCCGGUGGACAGCAAGAGGAAAGCAAGGUCCCCAACUGACAAACCAGGCUCUCCAAACCCAACAUCCCCAAAGCCGGCCUCCCCCGUUGAAUGCUCCAUCUGCUUCAACACGUACGACAACACCUUUAAGACCCCCAAGCUGCUCCAAUGCUCGCAUGUUUUCUGCCUGGAGUGUGUGGCCCGUCUGAGCAAAGGGCUGCCCCCCAACCACCCCGAGGACCAGCUCCCCUGCCCCUUCUGCAGGCAGCUGACCAGCAUCCCGCUGGAAGGUGCCCCAGCCCUGGAGACCAGCAAGGAGCUGCUGGCCACUCUGCCCCCCGAGCUCCAGCAGGAGAAGGUGCUCUGGAUGGAAGGCACCAAGCUGUGCUGCCGGCAGGCCUCUGACGACCCCGAGAACCCAGACUCGUGCAUCUCCAUCGACGUUGCCAUGAGCAAACCCGAAAGCCCAGAGGUCCCCCCGACGGGGCUGGCAGGGAGGCUGUCCCGCUGUGACGUGUGCGACGACUGGAAGCGCAUCGUCCUGCUCUCUGCUCUCAUCAUCAUCCUCUUCUGCAUCAUCCUAUGGCCGGUGCAGUGCGCGCUGAAGACGGGGAACCUCCGCUGCUUCACCAGGACUGUUGCAAUGAGCAGGCCAGAAUAUCUCCCCUCAAAACACACCACAGCAGCCACGCCUGUGACACAGCUCCCAUUCCUGUAGCACCAGGCAUAACGUGGCACACCCCCCAAGAGCAUCCCUCGGUGUGCUUGCAGACCCCACGGUCCCCGCUCCCGUUCUGUGCCCACACCUGGACGCACGCACUCACCUCCAGCAGCCCAGGAAUGCUCCCAGGAGCUGCCUCAGUUUCCUGCUGCCAAACUCCAUGGAAACCUGAGUCUUCAAAGCUGCUGCAAAGGUGUGACGGGCGACAGAUGAGCUUCUGGGACUGUUUGCCCACAGGCUGAUACCAGGUGACGGUGGCUGUAGCUCCUUCCAGCUCCUUUGGGGAAUAAAGGGCUAGCUUCGUGGCUACUCCUAAGAGGAGCUGAGCUUAGGAAGGUAAGGACAUGUUGAAGCUGCAGAAGCCGAUGAAAAUUAACCUUAUUCCACAUGCUCAAAACGUUUCCGUUGUGGAUUCAGCACAGGAGGUGUGAAAUUCUGCCUCCUGCUGACAACACAUCGAUCCACCCCUGCUCCUCAGCUGAGCCGAGCGCUGCUGAAUUUCCAACGGAAAAUAAAAGCCACCCUAUUGCCGUUUUGUUUUUCUCUCUAAGAAGGUGCUUAAAAAAGAGUAAGCACUCAUCCUUAACCUGGAAAGGAGAGCAAACUCGCCCUGAGCACGGCAUCACACUGUCCUCCGUGAGCUUCCUUCCCUCUGCUCCCAGGCCAACUGUUACUCAAGUGGCAGAAGUUCCACUUUCUGACAGCUCUACCCUCCUCAUCUUCCAAGGUGUCAGUAUUAAGACACAGGCCAGUUGCUUACACUCUCUUUUUAUUUAACCCAGUGAUCUUCUGACAGUGGUUAAUAAGGGUCUUCGUGAAGAAGGCGGCUUACAAUUAAAUCUUGUUUAUUCAAGCACAUGGAUGUGAGACAGGAUUGUACACAAGUACCAUGGAUGUAUUAAAUUAUGU